UAUUAAUCAUGUGGUCAUAAGUCAUAAUAUACGUUUCAGUUUCAAACAUUUAAAAUUCUAGUAGGUCAAAAAUACAUUCACAUUUACAUAUAUUUUUUGUUUUAAAAUGGUACUUAGUAGAUGGAGGACAACACAUAAAAUUCUUUUAAGACAUAUUUGCGAAACAAAACGAAGGCAAACAACUGCAGGAAUUUUAGUCAUUGGAGAUGAGAUACUUAAAGGACAAACAGCAGACACCAACUCUAGGUACCUGUCAAAGGAAAUUUACAAAGCAGGAGUACAUGUUAAAAAGAUCUCGGUUAUAGGUGAUAUUGUAGAAGAUGUUUCCCGCGAAGUCAAGGAGUUUUCCAAUUCUUUCGAUUAUGUCAUCACUACAGGUGGAAUUGGACCUACACAUGAUGACAUUACUUUUGAAGCCGUAGCAAAAGCUUUCAAUGAAGAGUUAAUUCUGGAUCCAACCUUGAAGGAAUUGUGUCUAAAGUUUUAUAAAACUAAUGAUGUAAAUAUUCCUGGAAUGAAAAUGGCUUAUAUUCCCCAAUCAGCAAAGCUCAACUUUAAGUCGAAUAUUACUCCAGAGCCGCUGGUCUACCCAAAUAUUUCAGUUAGAAAUGUGUACAUAUUUCCUGGAAUACCUGAAUUAAUGAUGAAGACGUUUAGUUCAGUAAAAGCAACAAUAUUUCAAUCCAAAGAACAGUUUUUCACAAAAUGUUUGUACUUGAAAAGUAAAGAGUCUGACGUUGUGCAGAUAUUGAACAAAAUGGUACAAGAAUUUCCUGAUGUGCAGUUUGGAUCUUAUCCUAAAUUAUUUAAUAGUCGGUAUCAGGUUAAAUUAACGGUGGAGUCAGUUAGUGAGAAAAGCACAAAAAUGGCAUACGAAACACUAGUGAAACUACUUCCUAGGGAAUCUAUUGUGGAUAAUAAUGACAUAGAUGAAAUGUAACGAUCAGUGGAUACUUUCUGAUUUUAUUUAUUUGUAACAUUUGUUUUUAAAUUUUAAGGAAAAAAGUCAAAAAUAAAAUUAAUGCAGAGUUA